AUGAAUAAAACACAGGUCCUUAGUCAUUUUCAAAAUAUUUAUAAUAUUUCCCGUAAUACUAUUAGCUGUCACAAAUUUUUUACAUUUACAACAUUAUGUGAUCUGUUUAUCUUAGGACUACUAUUUUUGUGUUUUGGAAGAUCAAUGUUCAACGAUAUAAUAAGUAAACCUGGAACAAGUAAGGAUAGAGUUACUAUUGCAGCUGAAUUGUCAGUUAUGUGGCAUCUUGCAACCAUAAUCAUGUACAUGGGAAAAAGUGAAAUGUGGAAAUAUGCCUUUGCUUUUUCGCUAUUUUUGAGUGGUUUUGCACUGUUAGGACAACUGAGGGACCCGAUAUCUUACGUCUCUAGCAAGAAAUUCUUCCUUCACCAACGACAGGUGGAUCAAGAUAAUUCAAGGAAAGAGAUUAUCUGA